AUGUAUCCAGCUACCCGCAGUUCUGAUUCAGAUUCCAGCUGGAAUGAUAUUCUAGGCUCGUCUCUUAGUUCUACCGAAUCACGCAAGCUAGGAGACGUUAACUUCCUCAUUUCACAAGUAGGAACGUACUACUCUAGGGAAGGAAGCAUCUUCGAUCCUGAGUAUUAUGAUCCCGAAGUAGCGAGAAUAAUUGAAGAAUGUAUCCGGCCAAACCAAAGCAAUCACUUGCCGUCUAAUUACACACAAAACACACCAAACGGUUACUCAGCACCUCCGAGAGUAUUCGAUCAUGAGACUAUUGAUGGUAUAUGUGCUUCAGUGUUCGACGAUAGUCAGCAAUCAAGUUCAUACCAUGGUUAUGAUAAUAAUUACAUGGCAAGUUCAUUUGAUACGUAUCCAACGACAACGAAUCAGCAAUAUCUGUACACAACGCAUAACUCAAUGCUCAAUUAUCCGGAACAAAACUAUUCAUAUAUUGAAUACCAAGCUCCGCCAAAUACGUAUUACCAACCGGUUGUUGACAAUAAUGUUGUAUUAGUAACUGAACCUUAUCGACAAUCAAAUCCCUCAAUUCGUUACGAAACAAACAACAACGACUCGGACUUAUUCAAUGUCGAUCUUGGACUCAGUGAAGUCACAUAUUUCAACACCGAUAUGCAAAUAGAUUCAGUACCGUAUGCGUCUGUAUCAAAAGAGCCGACGUCAAAAUCCGACAGCAUAAGUGGCUUCAAUCUUGAUGAAUGGCUGAUUGUAUCGAAGACAGAUGGAAAAAAGCAUCGACCUCAUCUAUGUGAAUUUCUUCGAAUAUUACUUGAUAAUCCCAAAUACUCGCAUGUCGCUCAAUAUACUGAUCGUAAAAAAGGAAUUUUUAAAUUCCUCGAACGACAUGAAGCUGCUAAACUCUGGCAAGAUGUUAAAGGAAGAAACUGUAAUACUAAGAUGACGUACCUGAACCUAGCCAGAGGAAUUCGUUUCUACUAUCCAAGCGGAACUAUGAGUUCAGCUGAAGGUCGUUACACGUUUCGAUUUGGCCCGGGCUCGAGAUCGAAACGAUCGAAAGUGCCAGCAAAUCACUAA